GACGAUGAUACGUUAUGUUUCACCAAAGCUCUGUGUUGCAAUGCAGAUUCAUCCCCCCCUAAUUUAAAAGCCGUCGCCUGAAUUCUGAACCCAAAUCAUUAUCAACGCGGCGCAUCUUUCCGGCGAAACAAGCGGCAGAGCAAUAUGGCCAAAAGAGCCGGAGCGGAGCUAUUCGUUAGCAGUUGCGAAUCAAAACCUGUUUUGUGUUGCCCUUCCUUUCAUUUCUUCGCUUCAAUUAUUCGAGCACAUCCCUCGGGGGUUCUAAUUCUAUCUAUGGCUGCCCUGGCAGGACUGUCAAAUUACAUAACCACUCAGCGACUCGAGAACUUGUUCGCACCCUUCGGCGUCAUCCAACAAGCGAGACUGGUUGUUGAUCCGAGAACUAAGAAGCCGAAAGGGUUCGGCUUUGUUAGGUUUCAGUCGGAGUCGGACGCUCAAAAAGCUAUGAAGGCAUUGGAUGGCAGGAUUGUGGAUGGGAGGUUGAUCUUCGUGGAAGUGGCAGAAACUACCAGACCUGGAGAAGAUCAAUCAUAACAAACAUGCAUCGUCGAUAGAGACCUAUCUCAGUGUUGUUGUAGUAGUAAUCUACAUUCAGUCCUGCAGUUUGUUUCUUUUCUUCUUCAUCUUUGUACACAUUGUCAUGAAACUGGAAAAAGUGGUAAGUUAGGAGGAGGAAGCAGGGUAAGUGCUGCAUUGGUUUCCUUGGGAAUGAAGCAAGUUAUGUUUCGGUCUUAAGCCGAGCACUGGGUUGAAUAAUCCUACCUAUGGAACACCUGUAAUGUAACAUAUUGAGAUGAUAUCCAGAGGAUGGCCUUAUUGGUUAUGCUGAAUAUCAACUUAUAUAUACACACCUGCACGUUCUCUUUCGCACCAGUACGACCAAUCAAUCUUUUGGUAAGCAACUCCAGAGAGCACAAACAAGAAAUCUCAGUUUCUCCAACAAAACAACCAAAAGCUAGAAACCUGUGUUCCCUCAAAUGGAUCACCCUAUGUUAAGCAGAACACAGCUUAGCAGACUUAUGAAGAACUUAUUCUCAGUGUUUAUCUUCUCUGGUUUUCCUCCACAACACC